GAAACACUCAAAACUCAUCUGAACACACAUCGAGAGCUUCAGAAGAACUGAAUCUACUGACAACAGAGAAGAUCAUUUAAUAAGAGAGAAGAAUGAAGAUCAUCUUGACUUUCACUCUGCUGAUGAUUCCUGAGGAAGUGGGCGUCUCCGUCACAUUCAGCACUUCAUGUUAAACAUGUAACCAGGAAAGAAACACUCAAAACUCAUCUGAACACACAUCGAGAGCUUCAGAAGAACUGAAUCUACUGACAACAGAGAAGAUCAUUUAAUAAGAGAGAAGAAUGAAGAUCAUCUUGACUUUCACUCUGCUGAUGAUUCCUGGAGUCGUGAGCUCCAUCAGUGUGACGGGAUAUUCAGGAGGAGGAGUCACGAUCAAAUGCAAAUAUGAUGAAGGAUAUACAGCAAAUAAAAAGUAUUUUUGUAAAGGACAGUGGACAUCAACAUGCUCUGACCUCAUCAAGACUGAUAUUAAAGAUAAAUGGGUUCAUUCUGGAAGAUUCUCUCUGCAUGACAACACAAGAUCAGAAGUCCUGGAAGUGGAAAUCAAAAAUUUGAGUGAAUGGGAUUCUGGGACGUACCACUGUGCAGUUGAUAUCUCUUUCGCUGAUGAUUUCUACACUGAAGUGAAUCUGGAGGUUAUAAGAGAUCAACAAAUCAGGAGCGUGAGAGGAUAUUCAGGAGGAAACGUCAUUAUAAACUACAAAUAUGAAAAGAAACUCAAGGAUCCUUUGAUAGACAUCUGUAACACUGCAACAUAUCAAUGUUUUGCUGUAACAAUCACUAGCAGAGCAGCAGAAUGGAAACAGGACGGACGAUUCUCUGUUCAGGAUGACAGAUCUGCAGGUCUCUUACGUGUGUUUAUCAGAGAUCUGAAUGAGAACGACUCUGGAGAAUAUAAGAUUACAGUCAAAGUUUCUGAAGAAUACAGUUUCUUCUCUGAGUUUAAUCUGGACAUCAGAGACGAUGAUUGUUGUGUGAAGAGCAUCAGUCUAUCAGCUGCUGCAGGAGGAUCUGUGAACAUCAGCUGCAAAUACCCACAAUCCCACAUUAGUGAUGUGAAGUUUCUCUGCUGGAGAUCUGGAGCUGAUCUCUGUGCUGAAGAGACGUCUGUGAAGGAGAGCAGAAGAUGGAGUCCUGAGGGAAAGAUCCAGCUGUAUGAUGACAGAGAAGAGCAGCUCCUGACGGGAAGCAUCAGUCAUGUGACUGAACAAGAUUCAGAAUACUGGUGUGGAGUUCAGUCUGAUCAAGGACACAAGAGCUUCAUCACACGAGUCCUGAUCAAUGUUACAGAAACAUCAUCAUCACCACCAACAUCAUCAUCAUCAUCAUCAUCAAGAACAUUGUCACCAACAUCAUCAUCAUCAACAUCAUUAAGAACAUCAUCAUCAUCAAGAACAUCAUCAACACCAUCGUCAUCUGCUUCUUCUUUCUCAUCAGACAGAUCUUCACCGUUCACAGGCUUGAUCGUUCCUCUGGUUCUGGUUCUUCUGGUUCUGAUCAUCGCUGGACUCUUAUUACUGUUUCUCUGUAAGAAGCAUCAGUCUCGAGGCAGUGAUUCAUCAUCUCAGACUGGACCAGGAAAACAUGAAGUGGUUUCUCACACUGGUUGUGAUUAUGACGAGAUUAAAGACACUCACAAACAAUUACCCACAAACCCCUCUGAUUCAUCUAACUGUGUUUACGCUACAGUUGAGAAAGCCUCUGGUGACUCUCAGUGCCGCAUCUCAUCUGCUGAGGAUCUGAAUUACGCAGUGGUGAAUUUCCACAAGAGAUCAGACUGUCCUGACAGUGUCAGUGUCAGGAAUAAUCAGGAUUACAGUGAAUACGCUGCUGUCAAUCAUCUCACUGCUUGAAGAGCCACAGAAGAAGAUUUAAACGAGCUGAAUGUUUUUAUCACCUUGUCUUUGGCAUUAAAGGUGCCCUAGAACUAGUUUUAACAAGAUGUAAUAUAAGUCUAAGGUGUCCCCUGAAUGUGUCUGUGAAGUUUCAGCUCAAAAUACCCCAUAGAUUUUUUUUAUUAAUUUUUUUAACAGCCUAUUUUCAGCCAUAAUUACAUAUGCACCGAUUUAGCGCGCGGCCCCUUUAAAUCUGGCGCUCCCCCGUCCACGAGCUCUCGACUGCCUUAAACAGCAUUUAAACAAAGUUCACACAGCUAAUAUAACCCUCAAAAUUGAUCUUUACAAAGUGUUUGUCAUUCAUGCUGCAUGCAUGCAUCGAUUCCUGUAAGUAUAGUAUUUAUUUGGAUGUUUACAUUUGAUUCUGAACGAGUUUGAGGCUAUGCUCAGUAGGGGUGUAAGAAAAUAUCGAUACAUGUGAAUAUCGUGAUAUUAUGUUUGGCGAUACUGUAUCGGUUCUCAAAAACACUGUAUCGAUAUUUAUAUAUUUAUUUAUUUACAUCCAGGAUUCGUGGCUUUGUGUUCGGUUUAAACCACAGACUGUAUAAAACCCAGUCGCUAGAUGGCAGUGUUACCUCAGAACUUAAACUGACGCGGAGCCGGAGAAGCACAAGGUAAAGGUGCGUGCAUCGCUAAUGUUAGCAUUAGCAAACCCAGCUCACAAUACGAUAUAAUAUUCAGCUCCCGCGGUAUACAGAGCUGAAGUGUGGACUCAUUUUGGCUUCAACUAUAAAGAAGCCACUAAGGAAAUCAACUAGGGUUGUAACAAUAUACCGGUAUCACGGUAUGAACACGUACGAUUAUCAUAUCGUGUACAUUUGCUUAUUUACGGUAUUGUAAAAAAAAUAAAAUAAAUAGGCAGAAUUUCACUUGUGCAUAGACAACAACUUUCUACUUCACUACACUCUAAACUUGCUCCACACAUACAGCAGACAAUGUCAGAGACAUAAGUUGCUAUCUCCAAUCUAUGCCCCACUGAAAAAUAAGUUACAGUUUGCAUUAUGGGAAUACUUUAGAUAUAGAAAAACAAACGCGGGGCUGUCCUCGAGUGUAGAUAUCCAAAAACAAUGUGGGCGCAAAGUAGGCCUACCUGCAAAAGGAGGAAACGCAUCAAACAUGUUGACCUAUAUUCGAGAACACCAUCCGUGUAGAUGCAGGUAUGUUCCCGUUUAUAACUUAGGUCGUAUGAUGUGCGUGAUGGAGAGGGAAUCCCGGAAUCCAGUCAUGAAAAUUCCUGAAGCUUUCCUGCUUUCCUGUAGCUCAGUGGUUAGAGCAUGGCACUAACAAUGCCAAGAUCAUGGGUUCGAUCCCAGGGAUUGCACAUACUCAGAUACAAAUGUAUAGUAUAAUGCAAUGUAAGUCGCUUUGGAUAAAAGCGUCUGCCAAAUGCGUAAAUGUAAAAUGUAAAUGUAAAAUGGAAUGUAGGCUACAGUAUAACGCAGCGAUGUCAGGUAAAAACGCGCGAUUUGUUGGACUGACGAAUAAAAUGAAAGCAGAGCUGUACAAUAAAUAAAAUCGUGACAUGGUCUAGGCGGGGUCUGUGAAUAUUAAAGCGCAAACAGACUGCUGUAUAAAUAUGUCUGUUUGUUUUGCGUGUCAGUCUGUGUGAAUGAGCUGCGCCGUUUCCUGUACUACAUACUUAAGUAUGUGCGACGCUCUUAUUGUUUUUUCAGUGUUUGCCGUCUCGUUAUCAGAGGACAUGAACACAAACAUAUCCACGGUUGCUCUGAGAUAGCGCUUAAUGAGCAUUUCAUUAUUUUAUUUGAGAAAAACCAUUGUCAAAUACACUGAAACUCAAAGCUCUUCACUACAUCCCGUCAAAAUAAAAGACCGCUUUUUAACUCGAAGAAAUUGACUGAAAUUUAUUAUGAUUGUUAAAUAGAAUGUACUUCUCAAAAUAAUAAUAAAAAAGUUAAUUUCAUUUUCAUCGUUUUGAUAAUAUUUGUAUUAAAAAAUAAAAGCCAGAAGAAUUAGUCAAGGCAGAAUUUCUGAAUUUUAAUUAUUAAUAAAAGUUGUUCAUCUUCUAAUCCAUAAUCAUUUAUUAAAUGUGUUUGAUUGUUUUUGAUUAUUGAAAUCUGAAUAGAGAAAACAAACAUUUUAAUUAAUUUAUUGGUCAUUUUAAUUGAUGAUAUAAAUAAUAAUUGAUUGUUUAACACCGUAUACCGUGAUACCGUGAAACUGUGAUAUUUACUCAGACGAUUAUCAUACCGUGGAAAUCUCAUACCGUUACAACCCUAAAAUCAACAAGAGUAAUUUUUUUGCAAAAUAGGCCAAGUUAAAAUCCAAAUACUCGGGAAAUGCAUUGAAUCUGAGAGCUUGCUUAACAUCCUGACGGCAUCCGCGCUGCUGAGAGAGGCGUUCGAUAGAAUAUGUAGUAUGUACUGCACAUUUUUCUCUUAGUAACAAAAUAAGCACGUACAACAAAAUUGACAGCGGUGGCAGCAAAAAGAACGUAUCUGAUCAUACAAAUGGAAUGGACUAUGCAAUUUCUGUUGUUAAAUAGUUUAGAAAUUAAAAACUGCUGUACUGUGAACCUUUAAAACAUAUACACCUAAGGAAUCCUGCAGUCACUUUACUAUUUUCCCUUUAUUUAGAUUGCACAAAAUAGUGAUAUUAAUGCAAAUGAUACUGUAUUGAUUAAAUAAAAUAAAGUUGCUUGUCAGGUUUUAUGCAAAGGUUGUGUUCUUUAUGACCGUUUUUUCUAAAAUUAGAUCUUUCUAAAAAUAAAAAUAAAAAAACAAGGAAUAUCGCAAUAUAUCGUAUCGUAAACCCUGUAUCGCGAUAUGUAUUGUAUCGCCAGAUUCUUGGCAAUACACAGCCCUAAUGCUCAGUGGCUAAAGCUAACAUUACACACUGUUGGAGAGAUUUAUAAAGCAUGAAGUUGUGUUUAUGAAUUAUACAGAAUGCAAGUGUUUAAAAAAUGAAAAUAACGACAGUCUUGUCUCCGUGAAUACAGU